AUGGCAGGCGCCAUUGCUUUCAAAGCUCAUAUGCGUACUAGAUACCACGACGAGAGCGAAGAGUUCAUACAAGACCUCAGUGCUUAUACACUGAAAGCAGUCGAGGCGAUCUACUGGGACAUCAACUUCGUGUCUCAGCUCCGGGCCAGUGCCCAAAAUAAAACCAAUGAAAUCGAGAAACGACUGUACGAAAGAGCGCUACACUAUGCGUACCGAUUGGCCUAUAACUGUGCCCAUGCGUCUCACAAAACUCCCUCUGGAACAAACGAUCGUGGGAACCGUGGGAUGGAAUACCGUGGCUUAAGAUUGACCGUUAUAGGUGGGUGGAAAUUGCUGGGGAUUUGCGCCUACGCCGAGUCCUUCCACAAGAUUUCCAAAAUAGCAAAUGAAUCCCAGUGGGAAUGCUUCGAGCACUUGCUUACUUCUGAAUGCGACAGUAUAAAAAUAUUUGCGUCUUCCCGCGGCCUGGAAUGGCGUGCGCCUUUGAACGCUCUUGCCCAACAGGAUGCAGGCAUUUUAAAGGAUCUUGGCCCGCAGAUCAAUAUCGCUCAGGAGCACCCGCAUCAUACAGUGCAGACAAGGGACGGCGGCUUAAAACGACCGGUAUAUUCUGGUUGCGCUCAAGUAAACGCAGGCUCCAAUAUCUACAACCCGCACGAGUUCCGGGGCAGUCCACCAAACCCCCCUUGCUGA